GUAAUAGACUGUGUUGACACGUUACGGUUCACCAGUUAAGGACUACAACGCGGUGACAACGUAGAUUACGAUACAAUUGCUCCGUGUGUGUCCGAGACUUGACCUUCGCUUGCCGCGGAAAAACGUAGGAAAAUAAGUUGCACGUGUCCGUCACGAAACUGGACCGGUAAUUGAGCUUUGUGCGAAGCGGAAUUAAGAAAGAUGAUUGCCAGUGACGUUCGCGUCUUUUUUUUCUUUUUCUUUCUCUUUUUUUUUUUACGCGCAAAAUUUUCACGAGAACCAAUUUUCCUGGCCGGGAAACCUCCCGCGAUUUCCCCUCGUUUUUUAAUUUCCUCGUAAAAGAUAAGUAUUCGAAAAAAAAAAAAAAGAAAAACAUGGAGAUCGAACGAUCAUUACUGGUAUUAUCAUAGUCAUUAGGCGCGUUAACUACGCGCCGAUACGAUCAAAUUGGAGGCCAUGAAUGAUAAAUGAACAAAAGUUGAAUACAAGCCUGGAAACAGGGUGCGUUCGGCGUGGGCGGGACGUGUGUCUAUUUUCAACGAAUGAUUUUUCAAGGAGCGUCUAACGAGUCGGGCGGAUCGGUCUGUCGGGCAAUAAAAAUUCGAUCAAAAACCGAUCACCGAGGUUUAAUGGUUAAUAAAGAGCUAUUUGACUCGAGACUGUGAACGAUACGUGCUGUAAUCGCGAUUGGAAGAAGAUUCGCGUGGGCAGCGUCGGCGGGCAAUUGUCCAAGGAGAUACGUGUCGGAUGGAGAAGAAAUGGGAAAAGGGAGCGAGAAAAAAAGUCGACGCUUGCUCGACUUUGGUUGGAAAAGAAUCGGCCGACUCGACGACGGUCGCGAGCCGACUGAUCCGUCCCGUCCGUUUGGUGGAAUGUUCAGGGGGCAGAGUGCGCGAGCGGAAUGCUUAUUGCCGAUCGGCCGAGCCGAACCGAGCCCCGCUCCAACCGUCCGCGCAUGCGCCGCCUUCGUAUAACUCGCUGAUUUCGCCUCAAGCUUAUUUAUUUCGAACCUGAGACUCGCCGCGCAACCACGUGCUACGAUCGCAGCUGCGACUCAACCCAGUCGGACUGUCUACUCCGUUGCGAGUAAUACACAAACGUUUCGACAUUCGUUUCUCGAUAAUUUUAUCGAACGCGAGUAAUUGGUUCAAAGGGGGAAAAAAAAAAAAAAAAAAAAGGAAUUGAAUAGGAGAAGAGAAGACAGAAGAGGGAAAGGAAAAUAGAAGGCGCGAUCGUGGACGCGGGGAAGAGGAAAGGAAGGAAAACUGGAGAGGAGGAAAAUUUGCCGCGAUCGACGAGCGCUGUUCGAGAAGCGAUCUCGAAUUAUUUUUUUUUUACAGAAUAGCUACGCUUGCUCGUCGGUGCAUCGAACUUCUUCUUCUGGAAGCUACUGUAACGAUAACCUACUGGGACGCUCCCGAGCCGAACUUAUCGAUUUUUCCUUUAGGGACAGUUUAAGGGGACUCUGUUUCGUGUGAACGCUGUGAAUCGUUUCGGCUUCGGUCUAGAGGAAGAGGAAGAAGAAAUUUCGCUGAAGCGAAAGGAACUCGUUAUUCUUUAUCCCACGAGUCUUACGAACAAUUUUGUCACUGUGAUACAACAACUCGUCAGGAUCAGAUUUUACAGCUCUGUGAUCUGUGCUUUGUGAUAACGAUAUUUAUUCUUUUACGAAGACUUUUAAAUUUAUUCACAGCCCCGAUCCAGUAAUCCAUUGUUACGAGAGUCGUCGUAUUCUUAAUCGAGGUCGAAUAGGUCGCGAAUAGAUUAAAAAUCGAAUCGGCGGAAGGGGUGUACGGUUUGACCGAGGGGCGUGGUGAAAAGGAAAGACGCUCCUAGCUAAAAAGGAAGAGAGAAGUUUCUCGAAGGUUUGCUUCGUUUGCCGCUUCUGCUCUGGAUCCGCUCGAAAAGGAGAAGCACGGCGGAGUUCUCGUUCGCGACAAGGCGAGAAAGAAACCGAUUCGGGCGCGUCAUCUUCGAGAAAGAGAGACGGACACGCGUUAACCUGGAACAGAUUUAGAAGGCGUGCAUCGAGUAAAACUCUAAAGGGAAGAUCGAGUGGAGGGAAGAGGAUCAAAGAGAAACAGGGAAAGGAAGAAGAAGAAGAAGAAGAAGAAAAAAAAAAGGGGCGAGCUAUUGUCGAAGCGAGGGAUAAAAACAAGGUGUUCAACGACGGAGCUAGGAAAUAUAAAGGACGGGACGAUAAUAGAGAGGAAGAGAAGACACGAGUGUAUACCAUUGGUGACGAAGAUGACUAAGAGCAAACCGUUGACCGCGCCUGAACGAAGAACCAACGACGUGUUUGACGAAGAAUCGAUCGCGGUUCGAUCGAGAUGGAGAAACCUCGCCGCCUUCUGGAUACUCGGCCUCUGCAACAACUACGGAUACGUGGUGAUGCUUAGCGCGGCGCACGAUAUCCUCGAGAGCAAGUUUGGAACCACGGAUCCUGGGAUGCACCCCACGAAUGGCACAAUCACGACGACAAACCACACAGGGAUCAGAUCCUGCAACACAUUGUCCACCGGCGCCAUAUUGCUGGCGGACAUAUUGCCCUCGUUGGCGGUGAAAAUAAUCACGCCGUUCCUGCCUUUUCACGUACAUGCUCGACUGGCUACCUGUGUGUUAUUUUCCGCUGCAGGAUUCCUCGUGGUGUCGUUGAGCACUACUGAAUGGCUCGCCAUUCUGGGCGUCGUUAUAACGUCACUCUCUUCCGGUUUGGGAGAAGUUACUCUGCUGAGUUACAGCCACAAGUAUCCGAAACAAGUAAUCGCGACAUGGUCUUCCGGUACUGGAGGCGCCGGAAUAAUUGGCGCGCUAUCUUAUGCCUCCCUCACCACGUGGUUAAGCAACGAAGAUACAUUGUUACUUAUGUUAAUCGUACCGAUCAUACAAGGAAUCACUUUCUGGUUGGUUCUGGUCCAUCCGCCGCAGUCAAGUAUCCCGGUCACUAAGAACGGUAUCGACAGCCAAGAGCAAAUCAUUGAGAUCCCUAGGAAGAGCUUUAAAGAAAAGAUCAAUCUGGUACCGGGAUUGCUGAAGUAUAUGAUUCCUCUCGGGCUCGUGUACCUCUUCGAAUAUUUCAUUAACCAAGGAUUGUACGAGCUGAUCCAAUUCGACGGCAUUUGGUUAACCCACGCCGAGCAAUAUCGCUGGCUCCAGGUGGAUUAUCAGAUCGGGGUGUUUAUCUCGAGAUCGUCCGUCAAUCUCGUCACGAUCAACAAAAUCUGGAUCAUGGCUGUGCUACAGUUUAUCAACGUCGUCAUCUUGCUGUUCGAGACGCUCUUCUAUUACUUGCCCAAUAUUUGGAUCGUGUUCACGUUCGUUUUGUGGGAAGGCCUUCUCGGUGGUGGGGCAUACGUGAAUACAUUUUAUCGAAUGUCCACUGAGAUCCCAAGGGCGGAUCGUAAAAUUUCCUUGGGCAUAGCCACGAUGGCCGAUUCAAUUGGAAUCGCGAUGGCUGGUUGGUUAUCUAUGCCGGUUCACAACGCCAUUUGCGGCCUGCCACAACCAAAACGAGUGGGAAGCUAGAAGACAGAAGUAGACGAAAGAAAAGUAUUUUUUUUUUCCUUUUUUUUUUUUUUUUUUUUUUUUUUUUGUGUUUCUUCUUUACAACAACGAUUAUGAUGCGAAUGAGCACGACCGUCAUGCCGUGAUAAACAAGUAUGUUAUUUAUUGUCGAAUCAUCUUCGAUCACGUCCACACGGCCUCGAAUAACGUCGAUAAUCGAGUGUAUAUAACGUUGUUCGUAAACCGCAACGGUUUACAACCACUAUGCACCGUCAGUUACAAUGUAGAUAUAGCGAAACGU